UCUCCGAAUCAUCCCAAAGAUAUUAAUUAAGUCCUAAUCAUGGUCAAGCUCGCUGCUUAUAUCCAGCUACCAGUCUUACGAUCCUCACUUGUCAAUCUCAGAGAAACAGAGAGAGAGAGAGAGAGAGAGAGAGAGAGAAAAUACACAUUCAAGCUGACUGCCAGAAGCGCCCUUUCAUCAUCCCAUGUCUCUCCAACAUAGAUCCCUCUUCUUCCUCUUACAACUUCUCACUUUACUCAUUCCAAUCUCCUCAUCAAACCCAAACCCGCAAUUCCCAUGCGAACCACCCUACUUUAACUCCUACCCAUUCUGCAACACUUCCCUGUCCAUCACAGACAGAGCUCAAUCUCUCACUUCUCUUCUGACUCUCCAAGAAAAGAUCCAACAGUUGUCCAACAAUGCCUCGGGAAUUCCUAGACUUGGAAUUCCUCCUUAUGAAUGGUGGUCAGAGUCUCUUCAUGGGGUCGCCAGUAAUGGCCCUGGAGUUUCCUUUAAUGGCAUUGUUAAAGCAGCAACAAGUUUCCCUCAGGUUCUUGUCACGUCUGCUUCUUUUAAUAGGACCCUUUGGUUCAAGAUUGGCUUGGCUAUUGGUGUUGAGGCUAAAGCCAUGUAUAACGUUGGACAAGCUGGUUUGACUUUCUGGGCACCUAAUAUUAACAUUUUCAGGGACCCCAGAUGGGGGAGAGGCCAGGAGACUCCUGGUGAAGAUCCCAUGGUCGUUUCAGCUUAUGCUGUUGAGUUUGUAAAGGGUUUCCAGGGUCUGUCCUGGGGAGAUAGUGGAAAAUUAAGAGAUAGGUUUAGAGGAAAGAGGGCACUUAGAGGAGAUAAUCAUCAUGAUGAUGAUGACGAGAGAGGUCAUAGACUUAUGAAUUCUGCUUGUUGCAAGCAUUUCAUUGCUUAUGACUUGGAGAAGUGGGAGACGUUCAGCAGAUAUAGCUUCAAUGCAGUGGUUACAAAGCAAGAUAUGGAGGAUACAUAUGAGCCACCAUUUCGUAGUUGUAUCCAACAAGGUAAAGCAAGCUGCUUGAUGUGUUCCUACAAUGCUAUUAAUGGGGUGCCAGCUUGCGCACGAGGAGAUCUUUUACAAAAAGCUCGAAAUGAAUGGGGCUUCAAAGGAUACAUCACCUCAGAUUGUGAUGCUGUGGCAACAGUACAAGAAUACCAGAAUUACACAAGAAUACCUGAGGAUGCUGUUGCCGAUGUUCUUAAAGCAGGAAUGGAUAUUAACUGUGGAUCAUAUCUGGUUCGACAUACUCAGACCACAAUUGAACAAGGAAAGUUGCAAGAAAAGGACAUUGAUAGAGCUCUUCUAAAUCUUUUCUCAGUUCAACUCCGUCUUGGGCUGUUUGAUGGAGACCCCAGAAAGGGGCAGUUUGGAAAGUUGGGACAACAAGAAAUUUGUACCUCACAGCACAAGAUGCUAGCACUUGAAGCAGCAAGGCAGGGGAUCGUUCUUCUGAAGAACAAGAAAAAGUUCCUGCCUUUGAACAGAAAUGCUGUUUCUUCCUUAGCUAUUAUUGGUCCAAUGGCUAACAACAUAAGCAAUAUGGGUGGUGGCUACACAGGUGUUCCAUGUGAUCCAAAGAGCCUUUUUGAGGGACUGCAAGGCUAUGUAAAGCAGGCAUCUUAUGCAUCUGGUUGCUCUGAUGUGCCUUGUGAUUCCGAUGCUGGGUUCAAUGAAGCAAUUCUUACUGCCAAGAAAGCUGAUUUUGUGAUUGUAAUUGCUGGGCUGGAUUUGUCCCAAGAAACUGAAGAUCAUGACCGAGUUAGUCUCCUCUUGCCUGGUAAACAGAUGGCCCUGGUAUCUUCUAUUGCCGCAGCAAGUGAAAAACCGAUAAUUCUUGUUCUUACUGGUGGUGGACCCCUUGAUGUUUCAUUUGCUGAAGGAGACCUGAAGAUUGCAAGCAUUCUCUGGGUUGGAUACCCUGGGGAAGCUGGUGGAAAGGCACUUGCAGAGGUCAUCUUUGGUGAUUACAAUCCAGGUGGAAGACUUCCGAUGACUUGGUAUCCUGAGUCGUUUACGAGAGUACCAAUGAAUGAUAUGGACAUGCGUGCUGAUCCUUUUCGUGGUUAUCCUGGGAGAACCUACCGGUUUUACACUGGAAAAAGAGUCUAUGGCUUUGGACAAGGCUUAAGCUAUACUGAUUUCACCUACAAAUUCUUGUUCGCUCCAAGAAAACUAAGUUUAUCAAAGUCUUUUACAGGCACCUCAAGUAAGAAUAUAUUGCACCAGAGACAAGUACUUGAUUCUGUACACGUUGAUGAGGUGACAUCAUGUGAUUCAUUGAGAUUCUAUGUGCAUAUUUCUGUAACAAAUGUUGGAGAUAUGGAUGGAAGCCAUGUUGUCCUGUUGUUCUCUAGAGCACCAAAAAUUUUUCAGGGCACUCCAGAGAAACAGUUGAUUGCAUUUGAUCGCAUACAUACUAGUUCAUACAGAUCAACUAAAACAAGCAUUUUAGUAGAUCCUUGUAACCACCUUAGCAUUGCGAAUGAACAUGGAGAAAGGAUAUUGCCCCUCGGUGAUCAUGUUUUAACAUUAGGAGAUUUGGAGCACUCACUUUCAGUUGAAACUUAUUGAUGCCUUCAAGAAUCUGAAAGAAUAUGUAUCACUUGCAUGGUCAUUUUUUAAUAAUAGUAUGCAAAUUGUUUCAA